AUGGCUCCGUUCAGGGUGAUCAUCGUCGGCGGCAGCGUCUCAGGCCUAGCACUGGCGAACAUGCUGGAGCAAUACGACAUCGAUUUCAUCGUCUUGGAGAAACAUGAAAGUAUCGCUCCUCAACUCGGUGCAGGGUACGCCAUGUUGCCUCAUGGUGCUCGGAUCCUCGAUCAGCUGGGUUGUUACGAUGCACUGGAGAAGUUGAGCGCACCUGUCGACACCAUGGUUGGUUAUGAUGAGAACGCGGAGAGGGCUACCCGGGUUUCUAAUAUCGGGACGUUUUUGGAAGAAAGUCUGGGGUACAAGAUGGGGUUCUUGGAGCGACAACAAGUUGUGAGGGGUCUUUUUGACAACUUGCGCAACAAAUCGAAGACCCGCAAUUCUUGUGGUGUUACGAGAAUUCACUUGACGAAAGAAGGGGUUCAGGUCGAGACGAAUGCCGGUGUCUUUGAAGGUGAUAUUGUUGUUGGCGCAGAUGGUGUCCAUAGCCAUGUCCGUCGUGAGAUGGAAGGCUUGGCAUCCGCGGAUGGCGACGACAGCCUCCAUGACGGGCAAAAAGGUCAGCAUCACGAUCCCCUACGGAAUCAAUUUUCGCGCGAUACCUUUGUUGACUCCGCGACAGACUUCGAGUGCUGCUACAGUGCUAUAUUUGGAACAUCAGUGGCGCCCGAGGGGCUAAUCGAGAACCAGGCUUUCAAAGGGUUCAAGUCCAAUCGUAGCUAUUUGUGCGGUUCGGUAAAAAACGGACAGUUUCACUGGAUCGCGAUGUUCAAGAACGACGAGAAGACCGAGGGGGCGCAGAUUCCUCGCUAUACACCUGACGAUCGCGACCGGCUGGCCUCCCGCUAUGCCAAUGACAUUAUCCAGCCAGGGGUUCGCCUUGGUGAUAUAUAUCGGGAUGCGAUCAAGGUUACGUUGGUACCUUUAGAACAAGGUGUAUUAUCAAGAUGUUUUUACAAGCGCAUCGUUCUUCUUGGGGAUUCAUGGCACAAGAUCAACCCUAUCACCGGACAGGGUGGUAAUACUGCGAUUGCUGGUGCUGCAUAUCUCACAGAUGGGCUGAAGGACCUCCUCGACCGCGAGCGUAAGCCCACUGACGCGAGUCUCGAAAAGUUGUUUGGUGACUACCGGCAAAAUCGAGGGCCCAUCAGCAAGAUAUUGUCCGAGAAUGCCCACUUCAUACAGCGAAUGGAGGCCCUGGAAACCCCGUUUCUCAGGUUUUUCCAAUUGCAUGUGAUGAGAUACUUGCCGCUCAAAUAUGUGAGGAACAAGCUGUUGACGGCUGUGAAUACUGGUUCACUUCUCAAACGAUUGCCUCCCCCUUCACGGAGUGGAACUGUUCCUGUCGGCGUUGAUGCACAAAAAGAGCCAUCAGUGUUAUUCAAUUAUUCAAUCGUGACUGGAAUAGCGGCGUCGAUUACAGUGGCUCUUUUAAUCUAUUUCUUUGCUUGA